UUUUAGUAUUAAUCGCAAGCAACAGCAAAGAAGUUGUUUCAAGUUUUAUAUUUUGAAUACGAAAAUAUAUUUGAAGACAAGUUUUAAAUUAUGGAAAUUUCAAUGAAAGUUUUUAUCUUCAUCGUACUUGUGAAUAUUGUUCAAGCUCUCCCAGCACAAAUAAAUGAAGAAAUUAAUUCAAAAGAUGUUAACACAAAGGACACUGCAGUAGAUCAAACUCAGUUAUCAUUUGGAAACACUGAUGGAUACAAAAAUACUUUAUUUGAGGUUGAAGAACCAUUAGAAAGCGUUGACGACCCAAGCGAAGAAUUAGUUCGUAGUAAAAGAUUUAAAAAAUUCGGAUAUGGAGGAGGUUACGGGAGAGGCUUCGGUGGAGGCUACGGUGGAGGUUAUGGUGGUCAUAGAGGAUUUGGAGGAGGACACGGGGGUUACGGUGGUUUCAAAGGAAAUGGAUUUGGCGGUGGCUUCGGAAAAUUCAAGCAUUUCGGAUAAAAACUAUUCUUGGCUUUACUAAGAAAUGGAAUUGUAUAAGUUUAAUUGUUCAAUUCAUUUUGUUUCCAUUGAAUAAAGUUUUUUAGUAUUCUACGUAAUCAAAUAGAAAAUUC